AUGGGCUCCAGUAUUCAAUGCAAUCAACUAUUGUAUCAUUUAAUGGGCAAAAGUAGUAAAAGAAGUCAUCCGUUGGACACAACCGAAGACCAGAGAGACAUCGACGACGACUCGGCUUUGUGUGGAUCUGAUCUCUCGUCAAACGUGCAUAAAAUGGUCAAAUUUGAAGACAAUUGCCAUCUCUUGAAGACAUUGAUGAAUGUGUCCAAUGAGACAAUGCUUACACAUCCGCCACAACCACUCAAUAAGAGACUAAACACCUAUUCUUCGAGGUCUCGCAAUGGCAAGUAUGAGCUCAAGAUUGUCUCACAGCCGGAGGAACAGCACAGACCAAAUCUCAAAACGCAAAAACUGUCUAAUAAUGGACACAAACCCUCUGCAGAUGUCUAUAAGAAAUGUAUAUUUUGCCAAAGCAAUUACCGCUUCUUAAAGUGGUGUUUCCUACCGAGAGGUUCUUCGGUAUCUGAAUUAUAA